UUGUUUGCACAAAUUGUUUGCAGCAGAGCACGGUAAUUUAUUUGAGUAAAAUAAACAUUAUUUUUUACAUCAACUCAUAAGUUAUGUGAAACUUCCCCAGGAGCAUUGUUAAAAUACUUUGGAGGCACAGAAUCAGCCCAGAGCCAGUCCACAUCCUCAGGCUCAACUGUGAGUGAUGAAUCAGGUGAGGAAAAGACUGUCACGGUAUACAUUUAAUUUCUUAGUAUAAACAUUACACUUGAAGGGAAAUUAAUAUAGUCAAAGUAUCUCAUUAAUAUGUGUGCCUAUAUGUAUGUAUGUAUGUAUUUCAUCUUAGGUCCAUCUCCAUCCUCUACAGUGCUCUCUCACACACCUCCACCCUCUGUGCCCACUGUCCCCUCCAUGUCUGAAACCACAGCUGAUUUAUCUACAACUUCCACCACAACGUCCCCUUCACACCAUGGACCAUCAUCAGCUCCGCCAGUUGACCCAGCUGAGUGGCCUUCUUUCCUCUCAGAUUCAGACAGGACUGAGCAGGUCUUGCAUCCAGAACUCUCCCCCCGGACAAAUCGUCAACAAAGGGGCCAGGAAACGCGAGACAAACCGUGUCGGACCAUGAAGGAGCUCGACCACCUGUAGGCAAACACUCUGAAACAAAACACACACACAUUUGGCACAUACACAUGUUAGGGCCGAAAGAGCGUCAGCAUCCUGAAAGUAAGCAAGAAGGUUCAGAUUUACAAUCCUGAAAGCAAAUAUGAUCAGCUGUUACCGAACUGUUACGAUUCCGAUAAAGAUCAUAAUUUGGUUGUUUUGUGCCGCCUUUAAAAUGAGUAUAAAUUAGCCCCUACCAGCAGUUUCACAUUCGACACAAACAUCACUGGAGACGUCCCAAUGUAAAAGUCUCAGGAACCAAAACUUGAAAACAAACAGGAAGUUGGCCAUGUUGGUUUCAGUCCAAAAAAAGGGUUUGUACUUUACAAAGACAACAUAUUCGAUGUUCAAACUGAUGAACAUUUUUUUGUUGUUGCAAAUAAUCAUUAACUUUAGAAUUUGAUGCCAGCAACACGUGACAAAGAAUUUGGGAAAGGUGGCAAUAGAUACUGAUAAAGUUGAGGAAUGCUCAUCAAACACUUAUUUGGAACAUCCCACAGGUGAAGAGGCAAAUUGGGAACAGGUGGGUGCCAUGAUUGGGUAUAAAAGUAGAUUCCAUGAAAUGCUCAGUCAUUCACAAACAAGGAUGAGGCGAGGGUCACCACUUUGUCAACAAAUGUGUGAGCAAAUUGUUGAACAGUUUAAGAAAAAACUUUUUCAACCAGCUAU